GUCUCGGUGCCUUUGGACAGUGGAGAUCUCCCAAAGACGUUGAGAAUGUUGAGACUGGCGACGGUGAUAUGCCUCGUCGUUGCUCGCUCUCCGCGACUGUCAUCAGCUUGCGCCACAUUGCGAGUGACAGAGUCUCCCUGCAGCAUGCUUAUGUGCCCGGUCAUUCGGGACACAUUGGAAAUGAGCUCUCCGAUGAGCUCGCUAAACAGGCCAGGCGCAGGCCGUGCAACUAUUGGGAUCGGCUCCUUCCGACUUGGCCCUCCCACCUUGCGAGGCAUCCACUGCGGGAUUGGGCCUGGCUUGCUUUGGGACCAGCCAAGGAUUUGCCCACCCUCUUUUCGCUUGAGGGUGAGGCUUUCCGUCUUCAGCGCUUGGACUCUCGCCCUACCCGUGCCCCGGAUGUUGGUGAACCACAGAUUGCACAGCCUCAGCUUGCACAGAUAGCCUUCACAGCCAUCACCUACAACGCUUUGACGCUUCGGGAUGUCGUCAAGCCGAAAGUCUCUCAGGCUGAGAUCGGGUUCCGCAUUACUGGUCGGAAAGAGGUUAUGAAGCAGCAGUUUGCCCAGCUUCAGCCCCUCUUUGUUGGCUUUCAAGAGACAAGGUUGCCUGAGAGCUGCGUUCAACCGGACUUGGACUACCUUGUUCUCCAGUCCUCUGCUAGUCAGAUUGGCUCGCUGGGCGUUGCUCUUUGGGUGUCCAAGAAAGUUCCCUAUGCUUGCGUUGGGGAGCGCAAGCAUUUCAUUCAGCCUGGACACUGCAAUGUCUUUGGGCGCUCCGAACGGCAUCUCGCUGUAGAUGUCGAUGCCCCUUAUUUGCGGCUCGUGGUCAUCGUCGGACACGCGCCCACUCUCGCCACUGCCACUGUUGCCGAAGUGCAGUCCUUUUGGCGGCAGCGUGCUGUUGAGGUGCAAAAGAGGCCUUCCGGCUCUGACUUCCUUUUGCUUCUGGAUUCUAAUUCCAGGGUCGGAAGUGUGCCGACGGACUCUGUUGGUGAACACCAAGCUGACCAUGAAAACAAAGCCGGGGAACUUUUCCGGGAGUUUCUUCGACAAAUAGGGGGCUACCUGCCGUCUACUUUCGAUCUCCACCAUGAAGGCGAGGGACACACCUGGGCCUCUCCUGCUGGCACUUUGCAUCGCCUUGACUUCGUUGUGGUCCCUUUAGCCUGGUCGGGCUUCCGGAUGCUCUUCAAAAGCGACAUGACCACUGGCCAGCUGCACUGCACUGAUGUGUUGUCGCAAGUUCCCUGUUGGGACUGGGCUGUGGAUGUUGAUGAUCAUUACGACGCGCUUGCUGAGGCCUGGCGUGGUGCUGGUGCCUGCUUGGUGGAGGAGCGUUCUGCCCAGCCCAAGCAGUCGUACCGUCGGCGGAUACUCUUCGUCUUGUCAAGAUCCGACAGGGCCUCCGACGUUACCUCCGGGCUGAGCGACUCCUUCUCGGCACGGCAACUGGAUACGGUUCAUCGGUGGUUUUUGGAGCUCGACUUCAGUGAGGCUGAAGCUCUCUUCCGAUUGAUGCACCUGAGCUUUUACCUGCGCCGGUUUGUCUCUGGGGACCGCUCCCGCUACCUCUCGGGUUUGGUUGAAGGCGUUCAGGCUCAGGAUGCCAGGGAUGGUGGAGCUCUCUUCAAGGCUGUCCGCAAGGCUUUUCCGAUCGCUCGCUCUGGUCGUCGCAGCGUCUAUCAGCCCCUGCCUGCGGUGCAGGAUGAGUCGGGGUCUCUGGUUGUUAGCGCUGCUGAUAAGCUCGAGGUUUGGCGAGGCCACUUUGCUCGCCAGGAGGCCGGUGUCAAGGUAUCAGGGGAUCAGUAUCUCGAGGCUUGGUCCUCCUAUCGCAAGCCUUCUGAAGUGCCAGUCUUUGAUCUUCAGGUUGUUCCUACGCGUGGAGAAGUUGAAUCCUUGAUGCUUGGCCUCAACCGUGGCCGAGCCGCAGGGCCGGACAGCAUCACCUCCGAGCUGUUGCAGGUGCAUGUACCCACGACCUCGCGUCAGCUUCUCCCGAUCAUGUUGAAAGCGAGCUUGGGGCUCAGGGAGCCUCUUUGUUUCCGGGGUGGGGAGCUGUACUGCCUGGCGAAGCGUGCUGGAGCAAUGUUCUGCUGCAAAGACUUUCGCUCUAUCCUCGUAUCCAGUGUGCCAGGCAAACUGUUCCACCGCACUUUGCGUAGACAGCUUGCUGAAGUGCUCGCAGAGACUCGCCCGCCGUUGCAAUGUGGUACUCUCCCAGGUGAGGGAAUUGAAACCAUCUCCCUUGCUGGUCGCACUUAUCAGCUUCUUCAGGAUGCCCGCCACCGACCGUGGGCCCUGAUCUUUUACGAUUUGCAGUCAGCCUACUACCAGGUUAUCAGGGAAGCUGUUGUUCCUGGUUGUCAAGACGACACUGCAAUCCUUCGGCUUCUCCACUCGUUGGAUUUGCCGCCCGGCGCUUUGCGCGAAUUGCAGCAGCACCUUGGCUGCAUGGCGUUGCUUCCGCAGCUGCAUGCUUCUCCUCACUUGGUGGCAUCCAUCAAUGACCUCUUCAGGGGAACCUGGUUCAAGAUGAGCGCUGGCGCGGUCUUGACGCUUACGCGUCGAGGCACGCGCCCUGGAGAUCCCGCCGCGGAUGCUAUCUUUGCACUGACCCUCGCCGCUCUGCUCAAACAUGUCGACAAGGUCCUUGAUGCCAAGGGCCUUCGUCCCAGCUUUCCACAGGUUGCCCACCGCCACCCUUGGGCUUCGGUUGAGGAGCACACCUCGCUUGGUUGUCCGGCGUGGGCCGAUGACUUCCUUCAGCCUCAAGAUGGUGAGAGCCCUGCCGAUCUUGUUGUAAGGGUCCGGGGGGGUGUUGAGCUUCUCACUGCUCGAGCGACUGCCAUGGGGAUGACGGUCAGUUUUGCUAGGGAGAAGACCGCUGCCAUCGUUUCUGCGCGGCUAUCUGUUGGUCUGUCUGAAGGGGUUGACUUCGAUGAGGACGGACUGCCCUAUAUCGCUGUUCGCAAUGAGCUGCUGGGCGUGGUGCAUCGUCUACAGCUUGUGCCUUCUUACAAGCAUCUAGGCGGCAUUGUCGUUGCGACGUCCUCUCCGGUUCCAGACCUGCACCACCGCCAUGCUCGGGCCAGCAUGGUAGUGCGUCCCCUUCAGACGCGCCUGUUUGGGAAUCAACGCAUCCCGCUUGCUACACGUCGUUUGCUUUUGCGCUCCCUUGCGCUCUCGCGUUACGUUCAUUCAGGUGCGUCCUUGAUCCUCACUGCGGCUUAUCACAGGCGCAUUUGGUGCCAGCAAUACGUUGCUUUGCAAAGGUCACCCUGUCGCCGCACAGCUGCUGAUCGCGCGGUGCAUUCCUACGAGGUGCUCCACGCGGCGCAGGCUUUUUCGCCGCCUCUGGCGCUUGCAUAUGCUCGCGCAUCAUUCCUUAGGCGGUUGACGCAGCAGUGUCCUUGUAUGUUGGCGCAACUCCUGUAUGACCAUUGGAGGGUCUCGCCAGCCAGUUCUUGGUUGGGGCAGCUUGCCGUCGAUGUUGCUCAGGUUGGACUCUUCGUACCAGGCGUUCUCCAAGUCCUACCGUCGCACGAUCCGGUUCCGUCGCUCUUGGACUCGUUUCUGGAGGAUCCGAGUUGGUGGCAGCGUCAGGUUCGGAAGGCAGGCAAGGUUUUUCUUCAGGACGUGGCCCAGUGGCGCCUGCACCCCCAGGCCCCGCCUGCUGUGGACGAGGCUCCGGUGCGGCCUUUUAGCUGUCACGUCUGUGCGGCGUCGUUCGCGCUUAGGAAGCACUUGGGAGUACACCUUGCUCGAUCCCAUAACAUCGUUGCCCCUGCCCGCCACUUCUCUCCCUUUGCCUACUGCUUGGCGUGCCACAAGUACUACGGACUACCUGUUCGUGUGCAGCAACACUUGAAGAGCUCUGCCAAAUGUCUGCGACGGCUCGCUUCAGUGAUUCCUCCGCUUUCACUCGCCGAGAUUGCUGAGGUUGAGGCUGAGGGCAAAUUUCUUCUUCGUCGUCAGAAGGCAGGUCAUUGGAAAGACCUUCAGGUGCACAGGCCUGGCACUGUUGCGCUUGGCCCCUUGAUUCCCUUGCGGCAAGAGCGGGUGCCGGCGCUCGACGCUGCAGAAGAUGGUGUCCUGCUUUCCGACCUCGCCCCUAAGUUUGCUCCUGACCCGGCUGUCGUGUCCUGGAUCGAUCAGUACUUAAGUCUACGGAGCACAGAGGGACCAAGGGCAG